ACCCGUUUGGCAAUUAGGAUCCCCGGAUAAACUCCCUAAAGAAAAGCUCCAUCUUCACCCUUGUGAAAAACACUACAUACACUCCAAGAACAAAUUGCAGAACUAAAAAGCUCCAAUUUUUAUUCAUUAAAAUGCUUCUCAACAGCUAGUAAGUCUCAAUUCAGUAAACAUGUCUUUUACAACAGCUAAUAAUUGUAUAUCACCAAGGUCUAUUUAUCCACAGCCCAACAUUCAGCUAGAGAGUUCAUUCAUAAUCAAAUUCCCAUGUCAAAAAAGUUUCAAGAAUUCAGUUUUUCAUAGGAAUUUCAGAAAAAGAUCACAUUUUUAUCAUUGCCCAUGUGCAAUUCUUGGAAAAUGGAGGUCAAAUUCAAAGCCCACUGAAGAAAAUGGAAGCAAAAAUGAGGAUUUUGUAACUAGGGUUUUGAAGGAAAACCCUAGCCAAGUGGAACCCAAAUACCUAAUUGGGAAUAAACUUUAUACCCUCAAAGAAAAAGAGGAUUUGGGUAAGGGGUUAAAUGGUGGCAUUUUUGAGAUACUAAAAAGGUUAAAUAUUAAAGGAUUAGUGAAGAAUGAAAGUGAUGAGGGUAGUUUAGUAAAUUCAGAAGAUGUGUAUUUGAAGGAUAUUUUGAGGGAGUAUAAGGGUAAGUUAUAUGUACCUGAGCAAAUAUUUGGUGCUAAUUUAUCUGAAGAAGAGGAAUUUGAAAAAAAUGUUGAGGAUUUGCCUAAGAUGAACUUGGAGGAUUUUCAGAAGUACAUGAAAUUUGAUAAGAUAAAGUUGUUAACUUUUAAAGAGGAUAAUGGAGCUUCUUUGGGAUUUGGAGUUAGAGAUUUUGUUGUUGAGUUGAAGGAAAUGCCUGGAGAAAAGAGUUUGCAGAGAACUAAAUGGGCAAUGAAACUGGAUCAAAAUCAAGCUCAGGCUCUACUAGAGGAGUACGUGGGGCCACGAUAUGAAGUCGAGAAGCAAAUGAUGUCAUGGGUGGGAAAAUUACCAGAGUAUCCUAAUCCAGCUGCAUCGAAGAUAUCAAGCAGAGUAAUGGUAGAACUUGGAAUGCUGACUGCUUUAAUGACUGCUGCUGCAGUGAUUGUCGGUGCUUAUUUGGCUUCAGCUGUAUUUGCUGUGACAAGUUUUGUCUUUGUUGUGACUGUGUAUGUCAUUUGGCCUGUGGCCAAACCAUUUCUUAAGCUUUUCUUUGGUCUCAUCUUCGGUAUCUUAGAAAGAGUAUGGGAUAAGGUCGCUGAUGCUUUUAUUGAUGGAGGAAUUUUCUCUAAGUUAUAUGAAGUUUACACUUUUGGUGGCGUCUCUGCAAGUAUUGAGAUGCUGAAACCAAUCAUGCUUGUUUUCUUGACUAUGGUUCUUCUUGUCCGAUUCACUCUUUCACGGAGACCUAAGAACUUCAGAAAGUGGGAUAUAUGGCAAGGCAUAGAAUUCUCUCAGUCUAAGCCACAAGCACGUGUUGAUGGUUCAACCGGAGUCACAUUUAGUGAUGUAGCUGGGAUUGAGGAAGCCGUGGAAGAACUUCAAGAGUUGGUAAGAUACCUGAAGAAUCCUGAACUAUUUGAUAAAAUGGGGAUCAAGCCCCCACAUGGAGUUCUUCUGGAGGGUCCUCCUGGAUGUGGCAAGACCCUGGUUGCCAAGGCAAUAGCAGGUGAAGCUGGUGUUCCUUUUUAUCAAAUGGCUGGUUCAGAGUUUGUGGAAGUUCUAGUCGGUGUUGGUUCUGCUCGUAUUAGAGAUUUGUUCAAGAGAGCAAAGGUGAAUAAACCAUCAGUUAUCUUUAUUGACGAAAUCGAUGCCCUCGCAACAAGGCGACAAGGAAUAUUUAGUGAAUCAACUGACCACACCUAUAACGCGGCAACUCAAGAAAGGGAAACUACUCUAAAUCAGUUGUUGAUCGAGCUAGAUGGAUUUGAUACUGGGAAAGGCGUUAUAUUCUUGGGAGCCACAAAUCGAAGGGAUUUAUUAGAUCCCGCACUUCUUCGUCCUGGUAGAUUUGAUCGCAAGAUAAAAAUUCGGCCUCCCAAUGCAAAAGGAAGAUUGGAAAUUUUGAAAGUACAUGCACGGAAAGUUAAAUUAUCAGAUACUGUUGAUUUGUCUAGUUAUGCCCAAAAUUUACCUGGAUGGUCAGGUGCAAAGUUGGCUCAGCUUCUCCAGGAGGCUGCUUUAGUAGCAGUCAGGAGAGGGCAUAACUCAAUUCUUCAUUCAGAUAUGGAUGAUGCAGUUGACCGACUUACAGUAGGACCUAGACGGGUUGGGAUUGACUUGGGUCAUCAGGGGCAGUGUCGUCGAGCUAUCACUGAGGUUGGGACAGCAUUGACUUCUCAUCUUUUGAGGCAAUAUGAGAAUGCAGAAGUUGAGCGUUGUGACCGAAUAUCUAUCAAUCCUCGUGGCCAGACCCUGUCUCAAGUUGUGUUUCACCGUCUUGAUGAUGAGUCGUACAUGUUUGAGCGGCUACCAAGGUUGCUUCACCGUCUUCAGGUAUUUCUUGGAGGGAGAGCUGCCGAAGAAGUCAUUUAUGGACGUGAUACUUCAAGAGCAUCUGUAAGCUACCUUGCUGAUGCAUCCUGGCUUGCUCGUAAGAUAAUCACAAUAUGGAAUAUGAAAAACCCAAUGGCCAUACAUGGAGAACCUCCCCCUUGGAGAAAGAGAGUGAAGUUUGUGGGUCCACGGCUUGACUUUGGAGGAUCACUAUAUGAUGAUUAUGACUUAAUUGAGCCGCCGAUCAACUUUAAUUUGGAUGAUGAUGUUGCUAAGAAGACAGAAGAGCUCAUACGUGACAUGUACGGGAAGACAAUUGCUCUGCUGAGGCAACAUGAUACUGCCUUGCUCAAAACAGUGAAGGUUCUUCUGAAUCGGAGAGAGAUCAAUGGAGAGGAGAUCGACUUAAUCCUGAGCCACUAUCCACCAAAUACACCCACAAGUCUUCUACUGGAGGAGAGAGAUCCCGCGAGUCUUCCGUUUUCUAAUGAAAAUCAAGAACAACAUAAUAACGUUGAGUACAGUAUUUUGAAUUCAUGAAAAAACGGAAUUGCUUGAUCCAGUGCAAGGAGGAGCUUUCUACCCUAUUUGAAGCUAGUUUUUGCUUCUGUUUUGAGGUGCAUUCAGAACGAAGAAAUGUUAUAGCUGGGAAUAUUCUGAAAAUAGUGAGAUGCAAAAAAAUGCAGUUUUGUUUGCUAUAUGUAUCCAUAUCGAUAGGAAUUUUGUUAAAAUUGUUGAUUCGGUUUAUAGCUUUUUUCUUCUGUGAUUCUUGUGUCCAAUUGCUUGUUCUGUAGGAGUGUAGGUGUAUACUGGCCCUCGGGAAUUUCUCAGUUAUCCAAGAAAAAAAGAAAAAAAAGUUGUUGAAGUA